AUGACCUACCAGAACAUCCAGGCAAAAAGGGGCAGCUCCUAUAGUUCCACUGCGCGGCUGUGUCAGUGCCACGCCGUCGUGCCGUAUGCCGUGGCGACGCGCGUUCCGCGCCGUGCCUCGCGCGGUGCGCGCGUGCCGUGCUCGCCUCGCGUGCCCGCCUCGUGGUUCGACCUCGACUGCGCGCGGGGCUUGCCGUGCGCCGUCGGGCCUCGGCGCCUGGCCUGCUGGCUGCACCGCUGUGGCUUCAUCUUCACCAUCGGCUACGUGUUCCGGAACGCGUCGCAGCUCAUCUUCAGGAACUUGACGGCCGUCACGCGCCCCUCGGCGUCGCGGAACUCGGCCUUCUCACUCAUCGUGUUGGCCGCCUCCAUCCAGGUGGGCGAGGCCAAGUCCGCGUUCAAAUCCGUGAGGGCGGCGAUCUGCUCGAACGCCUCGAUCUCCGCGGGCGUGUGGCGCGCGAUGGCCGAGGACGUGGCGGCCGAGGAGGCCCCCGCCGUGCUGGUGGGGCCCCUGAGCGAGGAGGAGUUCGGGCCCCGGGAGGCUGCCUUCCAGGAGAUUUUCGGCGACUGCGGCGCAGAGGAUGCCAAGGCGGCCUCCCUCGCCGAGAGGAAGGCGAGCGGCCUGGACAAGCCAGGGUUCACCUACCAUGAGAUAGAGUUGCAGGUCAUCAACCGCUUGUUGAACAGAAUCAAGGCUGACCAUGGUCCGCUGUUUGAGAACAAGGGCAUGUUCCUUGACCUCGGCAGCGGUGCUGGUAAGGCGUGCAUAGCUGCUGGCCUCCUUCAUCCGUUUGAGAAGGUGGUGGGCAUCGAUAUGUUGCAGAGCUUGACUGACAUGGCCAACAAGGCACUGGCCAAAUACCAGGAGGCUCAGCUCCCCGAGGGUGUGGUCAAGCCCCCGGUCGAGUUCAUACAGGGCGACUUCGUGGCGGAGUUCGAAGCGAAGCUGGAUCCGCUGAUCCCCCAGGUUUGUGUGGGCGUGGCAGCAGCGACCUUUUUCGAGGAGGACCAGCUCAAUGCAGUGACGAGCCUGGCCAAGAAGAUGCCUGACGGCUCUUUUCUCAUCACCGUCACCAGGGGUCUUCCAGAGGCCCUCGUGAUCGACAAAGACAGGCACCCAGCGCAGCGGCGGGCCCAGGCGGUGAAGAAGGCCCUCUGCGUGCGGGGCACAGACCCUGAUGCCGUGGAGAUCGUGUCCGAGCCUCCGGAGAACGACCCGAACGGCUGGACGCUGCUCUUCUGCCAGGAGGUGCAGCUUAUCUGGGGCCCGGCCACGUGCUUUGUGUACAAGAAGGUCCCCGAGGAGGGCGGCGGGGAAGCGCCCCAGGACGAGGCGCCCGCGGAACCGCCCGUGGAGCAGUGCGCCGAGCCCAGAGAGAGCGGCGCGGCCGCCGCGAGGGGGCGGGGCGAGGAGCUGAAGCACGAGCGGCUCUCGCCCGAGGGGCGGGCCGCGCGCGAGAAGUACUGGGGCUACUACUGCGGGGGCAUCGCCAAGCUCUUCUACGACUGCUGCGCCCUGUACGUGGCCCGCUUCUGCCGCGGGCAGAGGAGCGUCGCCUUCAGCCUGGUCGAGAAGAACACCCUGAGCAGCGACCUCCUCGUCGGAGCCGCGGUGCUGCCCCUCGAGGCGAGGGCUCGCUCUGCAGCGAAGCUCGCCACGCCGGCCGGCGAGCCCCUCACCGUGGGCCUGCUGCGUCCAACGCCGUGCGAGGUGGAGGUGAGCCUCCGCGAGAGGCCGCUGCCCGAGGACUCCCGGCUGCAGGAUGGGUGGACGGCGACGGUCCACGGGGCCCAGGCCCUCCCCGGCGGCGUCUCGGACGCCGUGGUGGAGGUGCGCGUGUACAAUGAGGAGGUGGCCGCCGCCCAGCAGUGCUUCCGGGAGCUGCACGCCAGCGCGCCCCACGUGCUCCGGAGCGGGGCGCACUCGACCUGCGUGGCCAGGGGCAGGCCGGCGUCUUGGGAGGAGUCGUUCGAGCUUGCCACGCUCAAGCCAGAGGCUAGGGAGCCAUUCACGAAGGCCUUGGAGGUGGCGCUUGGCCGCACCGUGACCCAGGUGGAGGAGGAGACGUUGUUCCCAGCGGCCAUGGCAGAGGUCAGUGUAAAGGAGCGGAGCCGUGUCAGGCUGGUGUUCGCGCAGCAGCUGUUCCCGAGGUUCCACAUCGACCAGGAGGACCACGGCUCUUACGGCCUGGAGCACUUCCCCGAGAACGACCUGUUGUUGGCGGCUCCUCCAUUUCGGGGAGUGGCUCCAGGACAAGGCCAAGGACAGCCUGGUGUUCCUCCUGUUCUUCCUGGCCCGCCAGGGCCAGAGCAGAAGCGCCCGGUCGCCCGCCAGGCCACCCUGCGGUUCGCGGAGGCCUUCCUGAAGCUCAACCUCGCGGAGCGGUGGGCCAUGGAGCUGAGGGGAGCGCUGUACGAGCUGGGGGGCAGCAGCAGGACGAGCGCCAAGCAGGACGCGGUCGCGAGGACGAGCAGCGCCCCUGGCCGUCUGGGUGGCGCACCCCGGAGCAGCCAGGUGGUCGAGCAGGACGCGGUCGUGGGGCGUUGCCACGACAUGCUGAGAGCCAUUGCCCUUGAACGUUUGCAGGAGCACUGGAUCUCUUACGACCUGCAGAACCAGCACGCCAGCUAUUCGGUCUUCACAGCUGACCCCACCUACCGGACGAAAAAGGCAGGCUUGGACGCCAACACGGCAGCCAACCAGAUGCAGGCCGCUGAGGUCUUCGCGAGGAAGGGCACGAGACUUUCGCCGAGGUUGUCUACGUCUUUGCGAGGACCAACUGACUCCAGGCUGCCGUCGACGAGCCACGCUGCCGCGGGGGAGCUGCGCUCCGAGACCACCCACUCGCUUUCCGAGGGGCUGGCGGACAGGGUCGCACGCGCAGUGCCCUUGAUGAUAACCACCUUGCGCUCGGCGGAAAGGGUGACCGAGAGCCUGAUGCGGGCGUCUUCCGCCCUGUGCGGUGAGGUGGCACCCAGCGCCGACUACGUCGAGCGGUCCAGGUACACGGUGCCCGAGGGCGGGUGCGUCUACUGCUUCUCGCCGGGGCCCGCCGCGCUGUCCUUCGAAGCGAUCGGCCAGGCCCACCUCGACCGGCUGCGGCGGGAGGCGGGCGGCGCCAGCGACCAGGCGGUGCGGCAGGAGCUGGGCGACCCGUUCCGGCCCCUCAAGGCGCUGAGCACGAACAGCAAGUCCGGGGAAGUGUUCCUCAUCUCGGCGGAUGGCGGCUUCAUCGUUAAGACCAUUUCUGACGCGGAGGCCAACGGUCUCGUCGAGAUCCUGCCGCGCUACCGGGACCACGUCUUGAACCACCCAAGGUCCGUGCUGGGAAGAUUCGUCGGCCUGUACUGCCUCGAGCUGGAAUCUGGCGGGGGAGUGCGCUACGUCACCGUCAUGCAGUCUGUCUUCAAGUGCCCGUACCCCGUGCACACGACGUACGACCUCAAGGGCUCCACGUACCACCGCUCUGCGAAGCAGGGGGAGUCCGUGAGGAAGGACAUGGACUGGAUAGCCGACGGCCGGCGGAUGGAGCUGGGGGCUGCCCAGGCGAAGUUGCUGAGCCAGACCCACGAGCAGGACACGCAGAUGCUGAGCUCCUGCAACGUGAUGGACUUCUCGCUGCUCGUCGGCAUCGCGCCCGUCGGCGCCGGCGACGGCAGCGCGCUGGCCGACCCGCCGCCCCCCGGCUGCUGGCCGAGCCACGACGGGUCCCACGUGUAUCUGCUGGGCAUCGUGGACUUCCUCGUCGGCUACGGGGCCCGCAAGCGGGCCGAGCACGCCAUCCCGGGGG